AUGCAUGUAAAUCUCUCCCACGCCCAACACUGGAGCAAUCCAAUCGAUGACGAACCUAUCAUUCCAGACAUUGUCGAAGAGUUUACUUCCGAUGAUUUUUAUGAAGACAAUGCAGACAAUCAAGAAAUUGUCCCGAUUCCUCCUAUGGAUUACAAUCCCUAUGGGGAAGUCCAACUACAAGAACGCAUGCAAUUCGAUUCUAAAGAGGCAACAGUGUCUGCCAUCAAACAUUAUCACAUCACUAAUGGAUACAACUUCAAUGUGGUAGAAUCAAAACCGCAUCUUUAUGUUGCACGAUGCAUCCAUUACAACAAUGGAUGUCAAUGGCGUCUGAGGGCUAGUUAUAGUAAAAUCCGACAUCAUUGGGAAAUCAAGUCCAUUGAUGGUACACAUACGUGUUUCUCUACAUUAAUGUCACAAGAUCACUGCAAUCUAGAUUCGACCCAAAUUUCUUCCAUUGUUUUUCAUUUGGUCUGCACAAAUCCAAGCAUUCGCAUCAAAAGCUUGGUCGCUGACAUCAAAAGUCGUUACGGAUACACAGUCACAUAUAGAAGAGCAUGGAUUGCGAAGGAGAAAGCAAUAACAAUGGAGUAUGGUGAUUGGGACCAAUCUUAUAAUGAAGUUCCUGGAUGGUUACUAGCUGCCCAACAAACCAAUCCCGGGACAAUUUUUCAACUUUUCGGUCCUCCAGUUAAUAUUGAUGCUGAGGAUGAAAGUUCCACAUAG